GGAAGACACGAAAUGAUCGAGUGUCUCGAUAGAUCAAAGUGAUGUCACUUUGAAUCGGUCCCACGAUUUUUCUCUCUCUUUCGACCCCCAUCGACAAGGGUUGUGUGAUUUGAAAAGUAGUUUGAAAUUGAAAGGAAAAAAAAAGAAAAAAUAAAAGAAGACGAAUCAUGCAGAAGGAAAAGUACACCGACGUGUCCCUCAAAGUGUCGCAGUUCCUGUUGAAAUCGGCUGGCGUAUGGGUGAUCGGAAACAACGCUGAGGAACGUCAAAGGAAGUUUGCUGCGUUCUACACGCUCGUUACCCUGAUUUACGGUAUAUACGUGAACGUGGUGGAUAUUUAUCACAAUUUGGAUAAUUUGGCUCAUUGCGUAUUUCUGACUUGUAACAUAAUGUGCAUAUUAUUGGGGUUAUUCAAGUGUUUCGUACUAAGCUUCUUCAGAGUCGAAUUCUCGCGCAUAGUUUCAUACGCCCAGAAACAUUUCUGGCGUUUCGAUUACGACGACGACGAGAAGAUACUUUUCGGAAAGUGUCAGAAAUUUUGCAGAGUGUGGAUCAUAGUUGUGAGCAUGAUCAGUCAAUCCUCGUUGGCUUUCUACAUAAUUACACCGGUUUAUGAAAAUAUUGGGAAGAAUAAAUCGGAUAGGAUACUUCCCUUCAAAAUGUGGGUCGAUCUUCCUCUGAGCGUGACACCGUAUUACGAAAUAAUGUUCGUCAUCCAGUUAUUGGCCGUAGAACAAAUUGGGAUCGCGUACGUAUGCAGCGACUUUUUCCUAUGCAUACUGAACCUGCACGCCCUCUACCAAUUUCGCAUGAUGCAGCGAGAAAUAUCGAGGAUCUGGUCUGUCAUCGACGAGCAAACGACGAACGUCACGGCUUACACGAGGGGGUGCCACGUAGCUUUGAAAAAGUGCAUUCGAAGGCAUCAGUCGUUGAUCGAAUUUUGCAAUAAACUCGAGCAGGUUUUCACGUUUCCGAUCCUCAGCCACGUGGUGGUGUUCAGCUUGCUGAUGUGCUUCGACACGUACGAGAUACUUUUGGCAGACAUACCCACGUUGAAAAGGCUCAUCUUCCUUUGUCACAUGAUCGCUAGUUUCAUCCAUAUAAUUUUCUUCACGUACAUUUGCCACAAUCUGACCGAAGAAAGCGGAAACGUCGGGUUGGCGACGUAUUCGGGCUGGUGGACGACGUUGCCAAUGAACGAGACUGGAAGAAUGCUGCGAAAAGAUAUAAGGAUAAUAAUGAUGAAGUCCAUGCGGCCGUGCUAUCUCACCGCAGGUGGCUUCUUUCCGAUGUCUUUGGAAACGUCUACCGCGCUUCUGAGUUCCACAAUGUCGUACUUCACCUUAAUGAGGGAAUCGUCCAUGAAAACGAAUUGAAUAAGUUGGACAAAAUUUAUAUAAAAUGAACAUUUUUUUAAUAUUAGCUAAGAAACUUUAGUGCUUUUAGCGUUUGUAUUUCUUAGAUGAAGAAUAAAAUAUGAUUCGAAUAUCGCAUGGGG